AACCUCAAUCCUCUUUGUCGCUUCACUCCCUCGCUCACUCACACUCACACCCGCAGUAAGAAAGAGAACGAGAGAGGAAAAGAGAGAGAGAGAAGAAGAAGCGAAUCAGGAAGUGCCAAAACAAGCUGGAAAUUCAUCCCUGGGCUUAAUUUGUGUCAGCCCUAUAUAGCGUAAGUUUCAUCUUUUGUGGAGCUCAUGGCGGAAGAAGUGGCGCCCACGACCUCGUUGUCCGGAUCCGGAUCUGGAUCCUCCUCGGGUUCGGACAAUGAGAGCUGGAUCAUCUUGGAUCAAGUGGAAGACAUCCCUGAUCAAGAGAUUGUCUCUGAACAACCCGACCGACCGCCUUUGGCCGGUUCUCCUCACUCUAACUCGGGUAGAGUAAGUCGGAACCAGGAGGAAUGUUGUUCGGAUUCCGAACCCGAGGAUCGUUCCAGUCUCCUCACCAAACUCACUCACAUUUCUAACCUGUCCGCCUUUACUUACAACUCAGAUGGACCGGAAAGUGUUUGUUCAGAUGGGAUCCCCAUUUCUGAGGAUCUUUUAUCUGAGGAGAAGUCCUCGCAGUACUUGUGGAAUUCUGAGAUCGCCUCUGACGAUUUGAUUGAAGAAAGUGUUGAGGUCCGAGAAAACCCGGACGAGACCCAAGUCAUGAAUCUCCUCGGACAAAUGAACCCUCAAUUGAACAUCUCACAACUGACUUUGAAACAACAUGACCUCGACGAGGAGGAUGAGGAUGAGCGGGAGGACAGUAUCUUCGCCGAGGACGCGAGUGAUAUUGAUUUUGAUGAAGACAUCGAAAUCAUUCCUCCUAGAUCGUUUUGUUCCACAUCAAGCGAUCUCUCAACCCUUUACCCCUCCAAUGAGCUGCCCGAAUCUUAUCCCAAUAUCAAACGAGGUCAAACCUACAGUCACAAGCGAAAAGACAAUGUCAACUACGUGCUCACCGGACUUUUGAUUGGUUUUAUGGUACUCGUAAUGGGCCUGGGAAUCGGGCACUUUCUCGGUUGGUCCGAGCGUCUCGAGCUUCAGGAGUAUUAUGCGGAUAUUCGAGAGGAGCGCUUGGAAGCCCUGGAGGACAAUCUAGUCUCUUGCAUGACUGGCCCCGAGGGACAGGGUCAGGAUGACCAGGAUUUGGAUGAUAAGGUCAUUCGGCAGUUGUGGGAAGAGAACAAAGAGCUUAAGGCCCAGUUAGAACAGCUCAAGAACGAGCAGGAUCAGGCGUACGAAAGUUCGGACAAAGUCGAAGAGGAAUUGAGCGCCAUUUUGCGUGAUCGACUCAACGAUCUCCUGACUGCCAAUGCUGACUUGGAGAAGGAAGUGGCCCGACUCAGAUACUCCCAUGGGGCCAUGGUGGAGGUUGAGGACUCCAAGGCUAAAUUGGAAGAGUCGGCCAUUCAUCUGAAAUCCACCAAGGCCAACUUGAACUCCAUGGUCCAUGAGAAUGAUCAAUUGAGAUUGGCCAUUGGGAAAGCGAGAUAUGGCACACCUUCUGUUCCUGUUCCAGAGAGACAACGGAUCAACCAUUUGCAGACCGAGAAUGAAGAGCUAAAGAAAGAGGUCCGCCGAAUGCGCUAUAGUAUGCCACAAGGAUUGGGUCUGAACUCGCCUUCCAAGAAUGAGGAGAUCUCAGCCCAGGACAAUGCCACAUUUGUCGAUGAAGGCUUUAUCGAGAUCGAGGAUGACGACCAAGAAUAUGAGGGGACAUCCGAAAAGGUGUCCGUUCUGGAUUCAUUCUCCGAUCUGGUCUUCAACACAACCCAAGAGUUCUUUGGGUUUCAAUCCAAAGACUUCAAUCUGAGUGUAGCGUCCGAUAUGCUUCAAAGUUUCAAUGACAAAGUCCACAAAGUUUGGGAUGAGGCCUUGGCCUCGUCAGAAGACGAUUUAACGGAAUUCAAAGAUAUGACCAAGCAGUUGGAAAAGAUGCUGGAAGACAAAUGGAUGGAAUUGCUAAGUCUUGCCCAAGAUGAAGAGGUUCAAAAGCAAGCCGAUAACGCAAGGAAGACACUGAGCAAGCUCAGCAAAACUCUCUUUGAGACUCUCAAAUAUGCCGAAGAAUCUGUGACAAGCAAUGCCGAUGUUCAAGAUUGGUUGGGGUCCUUGGCCCAGAUCCAAGCGGGCCUUAACAAGAAAUGGAAUGGAAUCCUGGACAAGUUCCACAAUAAGAAACAACGCAGAGGUGAUAUGGCCGAAGGGGAAUCUGAUUCCCUGGCCAACAAGGCCAGUUCCCGUUGGUCUUCGAAGAACACGGAUUGGACGUUUGAACGGGCGAAAACGCGGAAAGAGGCUCGCCAAGCGGAACGCCGCAGUGAUUGGCUCUUUGAGCGGGCUCAGAAUCGGAAGCGCUUCCAUGAAUUCGAAGCCGUGGAUUGGCAUUCAAAGCGAAUGCUCAACAAGUGGUGCGAUGAGGAGGAUGAAUGCCACACACUAUCAGAGCUCAAUCCGUCUUCGGUGAAUCACGGCAAGCAAUCCAAGAAGAGAGGAGAUGAAUUUACCUUCUCUGGGGAUUCGAAGCAAAAAACGAUCUUUCAGGGCAAGAAAAAGUCCAAAAAACGCCAAUUUGACGAAAGCAAAAUCAUUGACAUCAAUGAGGACCUCUAUACGAUCAGAGAUGGAGGAAAAGAGCCCCAGAAGCAUAAGAAAUCGUCGUGGAAAAAGAGUCGACAUGAUCAGAAGAAACCCCAUUUCAAGCGAAGCCACGGUUACGAAUCUUACACGCCAAAAGUUUUCUAAUCAACGCAAAGUCCGAAACUAUUUUGGUCAGUGUAAAAAGGUGAAAAAAAAAAUAUUCAUUCUGUUUCAGUUACCUAUCUUUCAAUUUGAAUGUAGACAUGCUUGUCGUUUUUCUGGUUCUUAACUGCAUUUCGCCAAUCCAAGUGGUCUUCAUACCAAUUUGUUCCUGGUUUAUAGUCUUUUGGCCCUAAUUGGCUUGGUUUCCUUUUCUUUUGUACUAAUCCUGGGUCAAUUAUAUUGGGUUAUAAUUCUGAUUUUCAUGGAUGUUUCGUGCAACUCACGUGGGGGCAUUGCAAUCAUCAACCAAAGUAUUUUUUCGCAAAUAAACCAGUAAGCAAUCACUAUUUAUGUCCCCCAUUUUCAAUCCUAAAAGCAGAUAUUGUUACAAAAAAAACACAAACCUUCAUAGUCGUUUUGAAUUUUCAUCGCCAUUGUUUGAAAGUUCACAUUUGUAUCCAAAUGAAGCGAAUAAAUGUCGAUAAAUAUGA